AUGAAUGAGCUCACAUCCUUAGCCGAAAGUAAAUCAAGAAUUGAGCAAAAAAGAACAGAUGAUAAUUAUUCAAGUUAUGUAAAAGCGAUUACAAGUAGAGAUACGUAUUUUAUGCUAUCUCCAAAACAAUUAGAAAGAUUAAAACUGGUUUCUGAAGCU